AUGGGCCUCAUCAAGAAGGUGACCCAUUGGUCGUACGAUAAUCUGAUUGAUUAUCUUUCUGUAAACCCUACAAGAGAUGAAGUGUCCCUUUAUAAAGUCGAUCCGGAAAAUGAAUCUGAUGAGUCUAUUAUGAAGUUACGCACCGUCAAAGAUUUCGGUAGUAUUACUUGCUUGGACUAUUCAGAGUCAGAAAUCGGUAUGAUUGGGGUUGGUGAAAAGAAUGGAUAUUUGAGAAUUUUUAACAUUUCCGGAUCAAAUUUCUCGUCUUUGACAAAUCAAGUGCUAACGAGCUCAAACGCCAAUAAUGAUGGUUUUACAGCAAAUGCAGGCGUUAGCAAAUCAAUGCAGGCAGAAAACUCCGUUGGCUCCAUUUCAAAUGCAAAAGACACCAUAGGAUAUACGGAAUCGGAAACCAACUAUGACAUACGUGUGCGAGCCAAAAAGCAACGGUGUAUAAAUUCACUGGGUAUAAAUACAAACGGGCUUAUAGCCAUGGGGCUUGAUCGAAAUAAGCAUGAUUCAUCUUUACAGAUUUGGGACAUGAAUUACCAUGAUGACUCGCAAGAAACGAUCAACCCAAUGUUUAGUUACUGUACAAACGAAAGCAUAGUAUCUCUAAAAUUCCUCAAUGAUACAAGCAUAUUGGCUUCAAGUACAAAGUUUUUAAAGGAGAUUGAUGUUCGAUCUCCCAGUCCGAUUUAUCAACAUCCCACUCGAUUGACGUAUGAUAUCAAAUUGAACCCAUUCAAUGAUUGGCAAUUCAGUACUUACGGAGAUGAUGGGACCCUAGCUAUUUGGGAUAGAAGAAAGUUGUCUGACCAGAUUACACUCGGUGACUUGAAUGUUGCAUCGCCUUUAUUGACAUUUGAAAAACUGGUUGGAUCUGGCGCAGCUUCAAGAAAAUACAUGAAUUCUUGCUUUAGGUGGUCAUGCAUUAGAAAUAAUGAAUUUGCAACUCUGCAUAGAGGUGAUACCAUAAAGAGAUGGAGGUUAGGCUAUUAUGCCCUUGAAAAUAACGAUACUGAGGCUAAUGGUCGCCAGGAGGAAAAUGUUGAGAAUAUAUUUGUUUCCUCGGUGCACGAUACGAACACAAUGUACGAUAGGGUCGCCACUUUCGAUUUUAUUCCAAAAGGUAAUUGUGGCACAAGUUUAAUCUGUAUGAGACAAUCUGGCACAAUAUACAGAAUGCCUAUAGCAGAAAUAAGCUCCAAGGCUAUUCUAAAUAAUAGAAACUCUCUCUUAUUAUCAAAUUUCGAGAACUCUGAAAUAGAAGAAAUUAGAGUCACCAAUGAGCACGAAAAAUCCAAUCUAGAAAAUGUGAAAACCGUCUUAAAAAAUUUGUCUUUUGAAGAUUUAGACGUUAGUGACGAUUAUUUUCCAUCUGAACAUGAUGAACAAAAUAACGAGAUUGAAUAUUCUGAGUUGAGCGAAGAAGAAAAUGAAGAAGAAAAUGACGUCCUUGGUAGUAAGCGUGGGUUUGAACUAUUCUGGAAGCCUGAAAAAUUGUUAGAAAAGGACAUAAGUGUAAUAAUGAGAACAAGAGCGUCAUUGGGAUACGGUUUAGACCCAAUGAAUACGGUCGAAAUGAUCGACUCUUCUAAAAAUCUACAAAAUAACGCCUAUAUAAGGAAUACAUGGAGAUGGAUUGCAAUCGCGAAAGCCUCUGUAGAUGAUGGUACAAUGGUUUCUGGUGAUCUUGAUUUAGGAUAUGAGGGGGUAAUUGGUAUUUGGAAUGGUAUUAACGGAAUAUCGAAUCAAGACAGAUAUAGGCAAGAGACUAUUCUCUCUGACAAACAGCUCAAUAAAGAAAUGGAAAAAAUCAUCAAGUUAAGAAGGAAGAAUAGAGACCGCAACACUCCUAUUGCCAACGUUGCCGAUUCACCGAAAUAUGUACAGAGGAGACUUUGUCUGAUAAUCUCAGGAUGGGAUCUUUCCAGGUCCGAUUACGAAGACAAAUAUAACAUAAUAAUGAAAAAUGGCCAUUAUGAAAAGGCUGCCGCAUGGGCGGUAUUUUUUGGAGAUAUUCCAAAGGCUGUGGAGAUAUUAGGAUCCGCAAAGAAGGAAAGAUUGAGGUUAAUUGCCACCGCUAUUGCAGGCUAUUUGGCAUAUAAGGACCAACCAGGCAAUAACGCAUGGAGGCAGCAGUGCAGAAAAAUGUCCUCUGAAUUGGACGAUCCUUAUUUGAGGGUCAUUUUUGCAUUUAUUGCAGACAACGACUGGUGGGAUAUUCUUUAUGAACCUGCUAUAUCUCUGAGGGAACGACUAGGUGUGGCUCUAAGAUUUUUGAAUGAUGCAGAUUUGACAACUUUCUUGGAAAGAACGUCAUCCACGGUGAUUGAAAACGGUGAAUUAGAAGGUUUAAUUCUUACAGGGAUAACUCCAAACGGUAUCGAUCUGCUUCAGUCUUAUGUUAAUAAAACAAGUGACGUCCAGAGCGCUGCACUAAUAUCGAUUUUUGGCUCUCCACGGUAUUUCCGUGAUCAGCGGGUGGAUGAAUGGAUACAAACUUAUAGAGAUAUGCUCAAAUCAUGGGAAUUCUUCUCUAUGCGCGCCAGGUUUGAUGUUUUAAGAUCAAAGCUAUCGAGAACAAAAACUGGGGUGUUGACUGCCGAUAUAAAGCCUCGUCAAAUAUAUAUACAGUGCCAAAACUGUAAGCAAAACAUUAACACUCCUCGUGCAUCACCGCCUUCCAGUGCGACAUCGACUGGUGGUGGGAACUAUAAAAAUGGAGAAACCUAUAGAAGAACUAAUAGUGAUUACAAAAAAUUCAAUACUGGUAACUCCGAAACGCCAACGGUCGAUGAAAAACCAAGACAUAAAUACUCUUGUCCACACUGUGGAUCUCCCUUCCCAAGAUGUGCUAUUUGUCUCAUGCCUUUGGGAACGUCAAACCUACCCUUCGUCAUCAACGGGACACAACAGCGGGACAAAAUACGGCCGGAAGACUUCCAAGAUGAUGCUAACCGGGAACUAGUGAGCAGGAAAUUGAAACUGAACGAAUGGUUUAGUUUUUGUUUAAGUUGCAAUCAUGGUAUGCAUGCGGGUCACGCUGAAGAAUGGUUUGACAGACACAAUGUCUGUCCCACCCCAGGUUGCACUUGUCAGUGCAACAAGUAG